GCGAACACAAAGUGCGGAAAAUUGUGCGGUGCACACACGUUAUUUCUUACGAGGGAAAUCUAACGUCGUCAGUAGUUAAGAUAAUCCAUUUAAUAUAAUCCCGUGAACUUCGAACCUCACGACGAACGAAUUAAAAGUCUCAGACUAAUCGCAAAUUAAAUCGUUGUUUGUUUCGUUCUAUCGCGGAUAGAACGGCUGUGUGGGUCGUGUGUUAAAUAAUCGGCGUAAAAGCCGGAACAAAACAACGUGAUAAAGCCUGGUGUCGCCUGGUGGGGUAUGUCAGUGAGUGGAUGGUGAUGAUUAGCGAUCUUGCUAAGAAGGAUGUGAAUCGUUUCAGUAUCGAAGUGUAAACGUCUCCCGAAACAGUCGCGGAAAUGGCUCUGAGAUGGCAAGCGAGGCUCUCAAUUGCUGCCAUACUCUUCAUGUGCACGGAAGACACGCUGAGUCUAGGAGAUCGGACGAUAGAUAACAUGGACAGACACGCGAUCCAGACCAGACCUCGGCAACAAUUGCUGGAUCAUUCUUCCGGCCCGAAGUCAAAACCGGAACCUACCUUCGACCAGUCGCAGAACACCAACGUGACGGCCCUGAUUGGAAAAACUGCAUACCUCACGUGCCGAGUUCGCAAUCUGGGCGACAAAACCGUAUCCUGGGUCAGGCACAGGGACAUCCACAUUCUGACGGCGGGAGCGUACACAUAUACGAGCGACCAGCGAUUUCAAGCACUACACAGACAAAACACGGGCCACAACAGCGAAUGGUCCGAGUGGACCCUCUGCAUAAAAUGGGCGCAGGAGCGAGAUCAGGGAAUCUACGAAUGUCAGAUUUCUACUAUACCCAUCAGGUCGCAUCAGUUUCGCUUAAACGUCGUUGUACCUACGGCGACGAUACUGGGCGGCCCCGAGCUGUACGUCGGUGCAGGCAGCACGAUAAACCUGACGUGUGCCAUACACUUCAGCUCGGAGCCACCAGCCUACAUCUUCUGGUACUACAAUGAAAACGUCCUGAGCUACGAUAGUCCCAGGGGCGGCGUCUCCGUGAUAACCGAGAAGGGUGGCGACGUCACCACCUCCUGGCUUCUCAUUCAGACGGCGCAGCCCUCGGACUCCGGGGAGUACAGCUGCAAACCCAGUAACGCCAAUACGGCAUCCAUCAGGGUUCAUGUCCUAAAUGGCGAGCGACCGGAAGCGAUGCAGACCGGGACCGCGGGGCCGAUAUUGUCCUCGAGUUGUCUAUUGGUGUCCCUCAUCAUUUUGUACAUAUCCUCGGUGUAAACGAAAGUGGAAUCAACACCAACGGUUGAAAUUCACAUCCGUCGCGGUAUGUUCCUCUUACGUCGAAUACGUUUUCCACGUGCGUCCACCCAACAGUUGUGAUCGCGGAUUCGAACCGCAAUUUGUAAGGGACACAAAAGGAUCCCGCAAGAAUGGGUUAAGGUAAAGGAACGCGUUGCAUGCGAUAAUUCAUGAUGCUUUUAAAAAAAGGAGAGAAAACUGCCAAUCAAGAAAAAAUAGUGAUUCCUCUUGUAACUAGCAGCUCUCAGUUAAUUGAUUAUUACUCCUCACCAAAGGCAUUGUGAAUUAUAAUCCGUCAGCGACACGCCAGAUUACGUGAUGCGUAUCAUAUAAGAAGAAAAGUGUAAGAGACAGACGUUUACGAAAGUAAAGAUCCCAUGAAUCCAAUCAUUUUCUUUUUUGACGUCAGGUAAGGCGAUGUCGCUCAUUCCU